AACCGUCAGACUCUCUGUGAAGUCUUCCUGUUUAUCCCGACAUUACGGUACCGACGGGUGGUCCCGACAGCCGAGAGAGAGUGUAUCUGUUAUUCUUUAUAUUAACGCUCUCCUGACACUAACCGGAGGUCCCACAGCCGAGAGAGAGAGACAGACGGAUGGAGGUCUCUGAGCCGAGACUGGUUCUGGUCUUCAGCGGGAAACGGAAGUCUGGGAAGGAUUACGUGACGGACCUGAUCCAAGACCGUUUAGGGUCCGAUGUUUGCUGCAUCCUGCGUCUCUCUGGACCGCUCAAACAGCAGUACGCUGAGGAACAUGGUCUGGACCUGCAGCAGCUGCUGGGCCCGGGUCCUUACAAGGAGCAGUAUCGGGCCAAUAUGAUUGGCUGGGGAGAAACUCGGCGCCAUGACGACCCCGGAUUCUUCUGUCGCCUAGCAACCAGAGAAGCUUGCCAACCUGUCUGGGUGGUGAGUGAUGCCCGCCGUCAGACUGAUCUUCAGUUUUUCUGCUCGGAGUUUCCUCGACAGACUCAAAGUGUCCGAGUUCAAAGUUCAGAAAAAACACGAAAACAGAGGGGGUGGAGCUUCAGCACAGGUGUGGAUGAUGCUGAGUCAGAAUGCGGGUUGGACAGUGGAGUUGAAUUUGAUUGGAUCAUCACUAACGAGGCCGACGCCCCCUCGUUAGACGAACAGCUGCAGCCAAUCCUGAAGCUGGCUGAGGAGGCGGUGACAUCAUCCCGUCGCAGACCUCCAGAUGACCCUGUACUGGUUCUGUAGGAACCCUUCCUGAUGGUGUAACAGAUGUGUAUGGGUUCUGUAGGGAACCUUCCUGAUGGUGUAACAGAUGUGUAUGGGUUCUGUAGGGAACCUUCCUGAUGGUGUAACAGAUGUGUAUGGGUUCUGUAGGGAACCUUCCUGAUGGUGUAACAGAUGUGUAUGGGUUCUGUAGGAACCCUUCCUGAUGGUGUAACAGAUGUGUAUGGGUUCUGUAGGGAACCUUCCUGAUGGUGUAACAGAUGUGUAUGGGUUCUGUAGGGAACCUUCCUGAUGGUGUAACAAAGACGUAAUAAAACUGAGGCGCUUUGACA